AUGAGUAAGCGGGAGAGUUAUCUUAAUCUUCCUCGGAUGCUUCUUAGAGUUCUGCUGGUAGAAGCAGACGACUCCACUCGUCAGAUCAUUGCUGCUUUGCUUCGUAAAUGCAAUUACACAGUUGCUGCUGUCCCUGAUGGUUUAAAGGCAUGGGAGACAUUAAAAGGGGGAACUGACAAGAUAGACCUCAUAUUGACGGAAGUGGAGUUGCCAUCGAUCUCUGGAUAUGCGCUUCUCACCUUAAUUAUGGAGCAUGACAUUUGCAAAAAUAUUCCAGUUAUCAUGAUGUCGUCUCAUGAUUCAAUUAGUGUGGUCUUGAAAUGCAUGUUAAAAGGCGCUGCUGACUUUCUCAUUAAGCCUGUGAGGAGGAAUGAGCUGAAGAACCUAUGGCAGCAUGUUUGGAGAAGACAAAUGCAAACUGCUGGGCAUGUUCCUCACAAUAGAACAGCUGCAAAACGCGAAGUUGAAGCCGUCUCUGAAAACAAUGCUUCAAGCAAUCAUUCGAGUGAUUGUCUGACUUCUACCAAGAAAAUAAAUGAAUGCAGUCAGAAAGGAAGUGAUGCUGAAAGCUCUUGUACAAUGCUUUACUUGGAAGCUGAGGAUGCAUACGUGGAAAAUAUGCAGGGUUUGUCACAGAUAAAUUUUGAAAGAGCAUCAUCUGAUGAAAGCAAUAUAGCAAGGCAUGAAGCAUGUGGAGAAUUAGUUGAGAAAUUGCUUAUGUCUAAUAAUGAAACAGGAGGAAAAUCAAGUGUGUCUGGAUCAGAUGUUGCUUCAUGCAAUGAACGUUAUAGUACAACUGGACUCAGAUCGGGAGAAGACCAUACAUUGAAUAAAAAUGCAGGUGUGUGUCUAGAAAGUUAUGGAGACUACAGAAAUAUCAUUGGUGAGAAUGACCGUGCACUGAUGAACUUGUUGAGCCCUCAAGUGAAGCCAUUGACUUGA